ACGGAAGUUAAUUACAGAUUUUAUUAAGUGGUGAAUGGUUCACACACUUUUAUUACCAUCCAGAAAUAGAACUGUUUCAAAGUAUUGUAAAUCCUUUAAAGUUUUCGGUAUAUUUGUAGAAAUUUUUGAGGAAACAAGUGCUUGCUGUAAUUGACUUUUCCGAUCGUCCGCCAUUUUAUAUGUUCAUUGGAGAGCGGGGUGGAUGGAGAGUGAAUUAUAGGGUGUAUUCCGUUUUGUGCUCAUGUUUUUAAUGUAAUAUUUUCCCUCCUCAAAUCUGAAUUUUUAUCGACGGGCGAGAAAUGAAGAGAUAAAACAGCAGCUUAAAGUUUACUGUAAUAAUUAUCUGUUUCCUCACUGCGCAGUGGAGUGAAGUCACCUGAUAGUGUAAUUCGGUAGUUUAGUGGCCCAGAAGUACGAUUUUGGGACAUUAAUUACUGUGUGUGUAUUACAUUGCUUUAAAACUGAAGACCUACACGGGAAGCGACAUGAGUCGACCCGAGUCGGGGAAAAUUACAGUUCCCGACGAACUGAGAGAAGUCCUUUUAGAAUUCACCAUUAGUUAUUUAUUGGAACAACCUGGCGAUGUUGUAGAGUAUGCAGUUGAAUUUUUCCAAAAACUGAAGGAAAAUAGAAGUACUCAAAUCAUUAGACUGGAUACAGCGGGUUCGCCUGACGAAUCUGUGAUAUCCACAGAAGAAGAGCCACCUGUGGCGAGAUUCUCGACACGACGUAAAUCUGUUUUUGCAGAAGCGUAUAACCCUGAAGAUGAUGAGGAUGAUGGUGAGAAGGUUAUUUAUCCAAAAUCUGAUGGUCAGAGACAAAGAUUGGCAGAUAGUGUGAAGCAUAUCCUUCUUUUCCGAUCAUUGGAUAAGGAACAAAUGCAGGAUGUAUUGGAUGCAAUGUUCGAAAAGAAAGUGGCUGCUGGAGAAUACAUUAUAAGGCAAGGAGAUGACGGUGAUAAUUUUUAUGUCAUUGAGAGUGGGAUCUACAAUGCCUAUGUAGCAACAGAGCCAGGAGCAGAACCUAAACAUAUCCAUACAUAUGAAAACAAUGGUAGCUUUGGUGAGCUGGCUCUUCUGUACAAUAUGCCCCGUGCUGCCACAAUUCAGGCAGUUACAGAUGGAUCUCUAUGGGCAAUGGACAGACAAACAUUCAGACGCAUAUUGCUGAAGAGUGCAUUUAAGAAGAGAAAGAUGUAUGAGACCCUUAUAGAAAGUGUACCUAUGUUGAAAGCCCUCCAGGCAUAUGAGCGCAUGAACUUGGCAGAUGCACUGGUCCCUCGUUCAUAUACAGAUGGUGAACUCAUAAUAAAGCAAGGUGAUCAGGCAGAUGGUAUGUACUUUGUGGAGGAUGGUUCUGUGAAAAUUACCAUUGUUGGAGACAGUGGGCAUGAAGUUGAGAUUAAUCGGAUUAACAAAGGAGGAUACUUUGGUGAACUGGCACUUGUUACCCAUAAACCAAGAGCAGCAUCAGCGUACGCUGUUGGUCAGAUUAAGUUAGCAUUUCUGGACGUGGAAGCAUUUGAGAGACUAUUGGGGCCAUGUAUGGAAAUCAUGAAGCGGAACAUUGAUGACUAUGAAGAUCAGUUGAUUCGCAUUUUUGGCUCAAAGUCAAACAUUAGCGACAUUCGAUGAAGUAUCAUUACUUUUAGUUACUAGUCCCUCGGAAAGUACCUAUUUUCAUACUGUGUUCUCUCUUUUAUUUAUUGUAUGUAGCAACAUACCUAGUUGUACAAUUUUAAAACAAUAUAAAAUAUUACGGAAUACAUUAAUGUUAUGCAUUGCAUGUUCAAUGGUAGGUGACAAUUUCAGUUAGACUUAAAAAACAGCUGUUGCAGGAUUGCUUUUAAAGUAAACUGCUUUAUUGCAGUAUAGCUCAGUUUAGUUCCCUGGUUAUCUCUUUUUGUAUCAGACUUCUUCACCUUAUGCAAGAAACAUACUUAGUGUUCUUCAUUCUUUCUUCAAUUCAUUGUGUAUAAUAGACUGAAAACAAAUGUUAAAGAGCAUGGCUGUUGCACAGACAGUUGAAAGCCUGUGCCAUAAGUGCGUCAGUAGCUUGUGCUUGUAGUUAACGAAGUUACUGCAGAAGUCUUCCUUGAUCCCUGCACGAUAGAAGUUGAAAAUAACUAAGUGUAUAUUCAUUCUGCCUUUGGUGCAGGUGGACAUUAAUAAUUAAAUAUUCAUUCAGGCCAUUUACACCUUAUAUACGGUUUCAGCUGCUGUAUUAGGGAUUUGUGCAGCAGCCCAUCAGUUGCUCUAUUUGCAAUAAAAGAUGAUUGUGUCGUAAAAUUUUGUAAUCCAUUGAUAGUACAGCAUUUAAUAGUAACAAGCGUUUUAAUGAAGAUAUUUUUCAGUAAUUAUCGUACGUGUUAUUGUCGUUAUUCAUCAGAUCAGUCACUGCCAUAAAAUUCAAGCACUGGCUUUUUCUCUAAUGUUGUUAAAAUUUUCCUGAUUUUGAAAGAUUCUUUAUAUUAAAUGGAUGAUUAAGUGUUGUCAGAAUGACUGGAAGUGGAAUUAUUAUGGUCCAAAUGAUGUUAACAUUUACUGUCUAAACUUAUUGUGUGGCACUUUUGUGGUAAGGAGGUUAAAGUCCUUCAAGUUUCUAGUCACCCAUCAGACAAAGCACACUACAAUGUCCAGAUUUUAUUUAUUGCAUAAAUGUAAGAAAAGUAUGUGUUUCCCUUUUUUAAGAUUGUUAUCUUUUGCAAGUACAGAGAGGAUCCAAAUUACUUGCCACUUCGAUUAUUAUGUAAGUUUGCAGACUUGCUAACAGAGAGAAAGUUACAAUGGCACCCACUAUGAUCAUCUCGGGGGCACAUGGUGAACUAUUGAUUGCGCAUUCCAUUUAUAAGUUAGUACAUGUAAAGUAAAUAAUAUGCAGAAAUUGACAUUAUAUUUAAAUGAAACUUGUUUGAUGAAACAAAUUUGGGAAGAAAAAGAUAACCAAAAACAGAGACGUGAAAUAGUAUAACAGGUUAAAAAAGAAAUUCUAAUGAGGCAAAUGUGAUUUUGGAGUGCACACUAAUGUAGUUAAUCGUGAAAAUAUUCAGUUUACCUGUACCUGUAAUUUUGGACUUAAAUGCUGUCAUAUUUGUGUUUUUAAAUAGGAUAACACUCACCCAUGAGUUGUUGAGUACAAAUGCAUAUACUCAAACUAAUUUGUGAAAUUAUUAUGUAAAACUAAAAUAAUUUGUUAGUAAUGCUAGUCAUACAAAUACAAGUACCUUAUUUAUUUCCUUAAUCGAUGAAUACAAAUUAAUUUCUAAUUUUGUAACACUGAGUGUAAGUAAGUUCUCAUGGAGUAUUUGAUGAAAGGUUGAAACUGCUACCCAACAAAAAUGCCCUAAUGUGAUUGAUUGUGCUAUGUAACUUGAAUCUCUGGAGCUCAAGGUUUCCAUAAUCUGAAUGAAGAAGUGGUGGGAAGGUAGACAGAUGUAACUGGUGAAGUUGAAAUAACUGGUUUUUGGUGGUCUUUUCCUCUGAGGUAGUAAAGUGGUCCCUACAAAUGUGCAACCUAGUUUGUGUCUCUGCUGCUACAUCUGUUCACAGACAGAAUUAUAAUUUUUAAAUACAAAGUUCAACAUGAAAUAAUUAUUUUGCAUAUUUUCAUUGCCAGCAUAAUUUUAGUAACAUUUUUGAGAUCAUGGUUGGGCCAUCUUUACAUAGUUCCAUUUACUAACUGUUAACAGUAUUUUGUAAUUACUUGAGAAUUUUGUGCUAUUAUUAUUAUUGUUAUUAUUAUUAUCAUUGGAUACGAAAAUUUGAUUUUUAUACAUUGCAGUCACUUUCUCUAUGAUUACAAAUGAUCAGUAUUGAAAUUAUAUAAUACUCAAAUUUGUUGUUGUUUUUGUCUGAUGGUAAAUAUUUCUGUUAUGAAAUGUUUUUAGAAAUGUCCAGUACUUUUAUUUAACAUUUUGAAUUGUGUGUGUGUGUGUGGUAGUAAAUUAUGGUGUCAUGUUAUUUUUUCUUAAAUGUUUACAUAUUUGUGCUAAGAACCAUAUUGUUAUGCAAGUACUAUUAGACUGGAAAGUUGGUGUUGGUUGACUGUUGUGCUUUAAAUAUGAUUAUACCAAUAAUUUUUCUUGCCAUAUUUAUAUUUAAAGAUUUAGUUGAAAAUAGUGCCAUUGUGUUGUUAAAUAUUUAAAUUUUAAUGGUGUGUUGAGUAACAAGUUCUUACAUUAAUGACAAUAAUCAGUUAUUAAAUGUAAAAAUAAGUAUGAUUUAUAAUACAACAAAGAUAGAAAAGACUACUAACUACCCAAGUGGCAGUUAAUGCAUAUGCCUUAGAAGAUUUUUCUAUCUUUAUUUGCUUUAGUUAAAUUUUGAAGAUCCUUUUAACUACAGAUCUUUGAGUACGAUUUAAUGUUUAAAAUGACUCUUUAUGUUAUGCACGUCAUAUGGUAUAGAGUAUCUGUUAAGCACGUAAUUUCCAAGAUAAUAUGAAACAACUUUUUUAACAAUUGAACUCUGAUAACUAAAAUAUUUGAUAUCUGAUGGCUAUUAAAAUUGCUUUUUAGUGUGCCUGUAAGAUGAUAUCCAAUGUUACAGUGCCCAAUAUCUGCAACAUAUUUUGAUUUGUAAUUGUUUUUUGGAAAUGGUGUUGUAUUUUUAAAUUGCAUUCAAACAGGUUGAAAAGUA